AUGGGCAAUGAACAAUCCGCCGAGACCCCUCGCGGGCAUCGGAAACUAUCCAAGCCACCUCACUGCAACCAGACAUCAGCAGCUGGCCUGCCAUACACUGCUACUGCUGUGACACCUCAUUGUGAGCAUUUCUCCAACUCGUAUCUUGUUGGAUCGCUGCCGCCUGCUCCCAAUAAGGCUUCCUCCACGAGAAGAGUGGCGCCUGGGCUCGGUAUAGCCGUCCCUGCCAGUGACGGCAUUAGUCCUGCGCCGACGCCUACAUGUAGAGAAUCGCGCCGCGAUUCAAUGUCACGAAGAGCAUCGGUCCAGUCAGAGCAGUCUCCCAGGUUGCCGAGCUUCAUCAACAGCUCCAGGACGAGCUCUAUCGCCAGAGAUAGUGGUUACCGCACGCUUGCGCGUGCUGAUAGCAUGCCCAUUGCAGUACCGCGUGGCUCUACUAGCUACGAUACGAGAGCUGCCGAGCCCAAAACGCUUCUCGGUACCAAAGAGAAGCUCCCAAGCGAGCCCAUCAUCUCCAAAUCUAAAAACCACUCAGAUGAGACCGGUCAGGAUGUAGCAGAUGACAACAGCAACGCCAAUCAUUCUGCGGGCUCGUCCAUUAGCAGAACGAAUUCAGACGUGUCCCUCUACAUGCCAAUGCGUCGUCGCUCGAUCGUCCAAACACCAGGCGUAGCAACCAGAGCCCACCAUUCCAAUCCCCCAGUCUCAGCCAAGUCAAGCUUCCGCAGGAGUCUCCCGCCAACCCCAAGUCAAUCACGGCACAAUUCGAUCGAGUCCGGUAUGGCGAGACGCAUGUCAAUGCCUACGACCAUCCCAUCUCAGACACACUCUUCAGGCCGAGCCGUCACGCCAGUCGAAGCCGACUACAAGCAGUUGGGUGGUAUGAAGUUUGGAUCUCUACGCAUCACCAACGGUGCACCGGUCACUUCUCCAGUGUCUGAGGAUGACGUCAAACAACAAGGGGUUUCUGAGUCGACGCUAGCAACCCCUUGUGCGAGUUACUUUAAUGAGCAAGCCAGCAAUCCUACCAAUUUGAUGAACGAAGGAUUGUCCAUUUCAGAGGCCACAAGGUCUAUGACACCUGGAAAGGCCACCAGUCAAGUUCCAAGCUUUGUUGCCGAGCAUUCAAGCAAUGCGGACAAAUCUAGAACAGGCGAUAGCCAAAUGUCUGAGAAUGGGAAUGCUGUCUCAUUUCCGGUUGCUGAGGCUUUGGACCUAAGGGAAGACCCAAAGAAAAUGCAUUUGGAACUUGAAAACAAAAUGUUUAAAGGGUUGACAAGGUCUGACAGUGGCUUCGUCCCAAGUCCUUCAUCUGAGAAAACCCAACGGACCGCGUCCCGAAAUGACAGUGGUUACAGUUCCAAUGUCUCUCUUCGAUCACUGCCUAGCUUGAGAUCCGGUGUUACGGACAAGAACACAAUGGCUUCAGAAAAGCUUGACAGCGACGUGCCGGGGAUGUGCUCGCCCUCGGAUUCGAACUCGACACGCACUUCUUCCUUGGUCCCUUCACAGACACGCAACCGGCUGCCCAUCCACCUCGAGGUCCCUCUGUCAUCGACCGAUGACGAUACCUCGACUUGUCCAACAAGUCCAUCCAGUCCAACCGGUAGACCAUUCUCCCCAUUUACCAUUGGUAGCCGAAUGCGUCUUUCGUCACUGAAGUCAACCCGGAGUUUCGAACCGCGAGUAUCAAGUACUGCGACUGCACCGAUCGUACUUUCCAAGGGUGAUUCCAACGAUCAGCUGCCCGCAGCAACUGCUGAUGUCGCCUGUGGAGGCAGUAAGAUUUCUCGUUUCCUCAAUGGUUCCCGUAAGAGGAGCUCUUCAAAGAAGAAGGGUGACGUAUCGACGGUCGAACAGGAUGUCCUGAACAAUACUUUGGGUCUCAAACCAAAGUCGCGGUCUACAUCCAAGCGAUCAGCGCUUCGAAACGAGCCGAGCAAAGAUACCUUACAUACGAUUCUGAGCGUCGAGAGCCAGACUAUGAACAUUGCACCGGCACUUGAAAAGGAGGAUGCAAGCAAAGGUGUCGGCAAGGAUGCGGUCAAGAAGCCGUCUCGGCGUCAAUCGUGGCGUCAGUCGAUCGCCCAGAUGUUCGGUUCUCGAAGCGCAGACGCGAGCCCGACAAUGAGUUCCGUGCCCGAGACGACUCCGAGACGCCCCUCAACUGCUAUGGAGCUUUCCUCGCAACAUUUCGGUCCUCUCCCUAGUCCUCGGGCUGUGAGCUCACGAUCCUCUCGACCGACGCCUAGGAAAACAGUUAGUAGCUCCGGCAGCUUGCCUUCACCAACCCGAAAGACCAACACUCCCGGUAUGCAACAGCGACGUGACAAGCCUGAAUUAGCUCACCUUCGCACUAACGUGUCGGCCCCAAACCUGGCAGCGAGUCGACGAAUGUCGCUCAGCCCAUCCCAGCUUGAGACGGAACAAGCUUUGCGAACGAGGACCUCACCACCAGUGAGUAUGCAAAACCGAAACGCUAAAUCUUCGCGAGGCAAACCGCAAGGGCACAACCGUUCCAUGACUCCUUCUUUCCCCAUCAACUCUCGACCUACUACUGGUCGGCGACUUUCUCUCCCCCAGGAUUAUGGUCGAACGACACCUCACAACCGUCAGGUCUCGCAUAGCCGCACAGACUCGCGCAGCUCCAACCGAGGCAUGGCUAUGAGCCCUGUGCCCAACAUGGGUUCCAAUUCAGGGUUCACUGUCCAGCAGCCCCGAGUUUUGUCGUAUUCGAGCAAUGGAACGCAGCAAACUGGCCCAGCUAUCUCUCAAUCGAGACAUAACCGUCGAGUAUCAGCACCAGCACAACCGCGCCCAGGACCUGGUAUGCCACGUUCGAGAAGCAGCACUACAUUGAUACAGCUACAGCAGCAGCUCCAACAACAACAACAACUUCGUCCCCAGUCGUCCCUUCAGGCGUGGUCGCCUAUGGACAUGUACACUCUCAAUCAGCAACUGCAGCAAAAUUACAUGAUGCAGAACCAAGCGCUGGUAUACGGGGCAUCAAACAUGGUCCAACAGUAUCCUAACAUCUACGUGACUGGCCCUUUGCUCAACCAACAUAGCCAUGGUAGGCAAGGCUCCCAGGGUGGUGGGAUGUCUUCUCAAGACCCUCCUUUCCGGGUUCUUCACAGCUAUAACUCGCCAGCAUAUCGCCACGCUCCUAUCUGGAGCCAAUAG